GUUCUUUCUUCACCGCAGAUGAGCUCAGGAGUACAGACUCUGUCUUGCCUGAGCCUGAUCCUGCUUGUCUGGAACCAAGUUUCAGGGCUCCGGGGCCAUGAAUUCCGAUUUGGGCCUUGCCGAGUGGAGAACGUGAUUCUCCUGGAACUGUGGGAGGCCUUCCGGGCUGUGAAGGACUCUGUGCAAACUCAGGAUAACAUCACAAGUGUCCGGCUGUUGAAGCCAGAGGUUCUGCAUGAUGUCUCGGAUGCUGAGAGCUGUUACCUUGUCCACAGCCUGCUGAAGUUCUACUUAAACACUGUUUUCAAAAACUACCACAACAAAAGAGUUGAAUUCAAGAUCUUGAAGUCAAUCUCCACUCUGGCCAAUAACUUUAUUGUCAUCACAUCAAAACUGCGACCUUGUCAAGAAAAUGAUAUGCUUUCCAUUUAUAAGAGUGCACAUAGGCGAUUUCUACUAUUCAAGAGAGCAUUCAAACAGCUGGACACAGAAGCAGCUUUGACGAAAGCCUUUGGGGAAGUGGACAUUCUCCUGACCUGGAUGGAGAAAUUCUACCAUUACUGAAUGUCUAGACCAGGAUAACCCCCUCAUUUGCUCUCUCUGUCAUUUCAAGCCACUGCUCAUGUUUGUGCUGCUCUCUGGGCUCCUCACACCCUUGGUCAUGUGCCCCAUUGUUGGCUCAGGCUUAGCUUCAGACUGAAUUUUUCAGCAGCUCAAAUGACAGUCAUGGAAGGCAACUUUGGAUGCUGUGAAUAAUGUACAAAGUGGAUUUGUGUACAUGCUACAACUGUAUUUAAUUAUUGUCAGUGUUUCAGUGGAAAUUAUAUCUGUGAGAUGGUAAGUUCCAUGAAGACCACAGAAUAUACUGCCCCAUUUUCACCUUAUUAAAUGCCACGAUCUGGCUACAUAACGUGGGGCAGUGGAUAGGCACUCAGCAAAUAUUUAAACUGGAUUGAUUUUUCGUUUUUGCCUCUCUUGGGAUUGUUGAGGAGCAACGAGUGAUGAUGGGAUAUGGAAAUAAACUUUAGUGCAGAGAAAUCAUACAGGGACAACUGGGGUAGAAAUGAAGAGCACUGAUUUGAAAAGUAAAGGAUGAAAGAUAAUAUCCAGGUUAAAACGAAACCAAUUCAUACUGCAUACUUCUGUUCUUGCUUGAUCUCCCACCCUAUUCUAUUACCCUGUUUCUCUGUGUUCCUUUCUUUUCUUAUCCCAGUAAUUCUUCCCUUGUCUACUGUCUGACAUGAAAUGUCAUUGUUCAGCUAACAUUGCUGAUGGUGACACUGUGCCUGGAAGCACUGUCCAAUCUGUGAGGACAUUCCCUGCUAUGAAAAGGCAACUCAACUCAGGUUUGGUAGCCAUUCCUUUCUGUUUUUAGAAAUGUGUCCAAGAAGCUUGCGCUGUAUGUCUGGGAAAGGCCUUCCCAGGCUAUGGCUGAAUUUCAUAGUUGAUGCUAAUCCAAAGAGAAUAUCUGACUAUAGCCUUGCUCUAAAAAUUUCAGAGAAAAGUAUAGGUGAGAUGUCUCUUCUUGCAUGACAGAAGUGCUGUUUCAGAUCCUCUGACCUCCUAGAAACCCCAGGCUGCUUUCCCCCCUACGUUAUGUGUUUUCUAGAACUGGAAAAGAAAUGGGUUUAUUUCUGAAAGUAGAGCAAGGUGAUCAUUUCAGAUGGUUAAAACAGAUCAAAGUUAAGGUGAGUAUACAAGUGUCAGUACUAAAAUAUGGAAGAAGGCAAGGAGAUACCAAAGACGUUUUUAAAAGAGGAGAGAUGCUAGAGUCAAUGCACUUAUCUUUAGCAAGUGAUGGAAAGUUAACUAAGAUUUAUACAUAAUUAUAUCACAAACACUAUCAAGCUUAUCUCUAAAAUUUAGAAUAAUCAUGUCAAAUAAAUUGCCUUUAACAU